AUGUUCAAUAUUCGCGCACAACUUUCUGCCCGGCGCUUGUAAACAACGGGAGGACUUCGUGUGCUUGUUGUCGGUAAACACGGCAGGAAACUGUGUGGUCAUUCAUUUGUCAAGCAGCCUCGAGUUUGCUUAGCUUGUGAGCUAACUGGGUGUUAAAUGUUAAGAGGGUUGUGUAGUAAGUCUUAGCUUCUCACUAACUUUGCCUGCUGUUGCGUCACCCAGUUAUUAGAAGUAAACUUAAGCGAGGAUCGUCGAUUCAAACGCGUCAUCCGGGUCUUUACUGGUAACUUGAGCUCCAGUCAGACACCAUGUCAGAGCUUUACAUUCGUGUGGCUGAGGAUGAAAACGAAGAGCCCAUGGAGAUCCCCUCGGAGGACGACGGUACUGUGUUGCUGUCGUCGGUAGCGGCACAGUUUCCAGGGGCUUGCGGGCUGCGGUACAGGAACCCAGAGUCCCAGUGCAUGAGGGGGGUCCGACUCGUGGAGGGUAUCCUUCAUGCGCCUGAGAACGACUGGGGGAGCCUGGUCUAUGUCGUCAAUUAUCCCAAAGAUAACAAAAGAAAGAUGGAAGAAAUAGACGCUGCCUCCGCCGUGAAAAUAAAAAGGGGCUCCCUGAAGACGUCGGAUCUUAUUGUCCUUGGGCUGCCGUGGAAAACGUCAGAACAAGAUCUGAAAGAUUAUUUCACUACUUUCGGGGAAGUCAUCAUGGUGCAGGUCAAGAGAGAUGUAAAGACCGGCAACUCAAAAGGGUUUGGGUUUGUGAGGUUUACUGAAUAUGAGACGCAAACCAAAGUGAUUGCACAGAGACACAUGAUUGAUGGACGAUGGUGUGACUGCAAACUUCCCAAUUCCAAGGCGUGUCCAGAUGAGCCCAUGAGGAGCCGCAAAAUCUUUGUUGGCCGCUGUACAGAGGACAUGACGACAGAUGAGCUGAGGCAGUUUUUCAUGCAGUAUGGCGAAGUCACAGAUGUCUUCAUUCCCAAACCUUUCCGGGCUUUUGCAUUUGUCACAUUUGCCGAUGACCAGGUUGCCCAGGCUCUGUGUGGAGAGGAUUUGAUCAUCAAGGGCGUCAGUGUGCACAUCUCCAAUGCUGAGCCCAAACACAAUAAUAGUAGGCAAAUGAUGGAUCGAGGGCGGUUUGGGGCUGGGGGGUUCAGUCAGGGCUAUGGCAGUAACCGUGGUGGGAUGGGCAGUGGGAGUAGUGGGGUUAACUUUGGGGCGCUCGGUCUUAACCCAGCAAUGGUGGCUGCAGCCCAGGCAGCGCUGCAGAGUAGUUGGGGAAUGAUGGGCAUGCUGGCUAACCAGCAGGGUCUGACCACAACGGCAGGCACAGCCACUACAACCCGAGACCAGACCUAUAGCUCUGCCAGCACCAGUUACAGCAGCCCCAGCACAGCUAGCCUGGGCUGGGCUGGAGGCAGUAACACUGCCUCCAGCGGUGGCUUCAGCUCCAGCUUUGGCAACUCUAUGGAUUCAAAGUCUUCUAGUUGGGGAAUGUAGUUAGCUUCAAGUUGACCUUUUUUUUUUUGUUGUUAUUAGAGUUAAUCUGGUAAGUAUUCUUACAGGGGAACUGCUUAUAUCUUAUGUUCCUAUAAUUUAAAAUAAUAACACUGCCUUUUAUUUUGUUAAAGAGAACAUUUAUACUUGUGUGGCUGAUUUUGUGGUCAUGCAUUGAAUGGGUGUGAAGCUUAGUUUUUUUUAAAGUGGAAACGGCCACACUCCCCAUUUUGUUUCUGAGAAAAUGUUACACAGACAUCACUGUGCAUGCUAGAUAAAUAUUUAUGAACAUGCACGAGUAUCUCAGAGCCCCCUCAGCCCCUUGUAAAAAAGGGCUUACUAUGAUAUGUGUUUAUGCAGUUGAUUGCAUCUUUUUUGUUUGUUUUUGUUUGACGUCUUUUGAAAAGCCUUCAUGAAAAUCUCUUCUGCAGUUCAACAACUCUUUCCAAAUUUCCCGGGAGGAAGCGCCUCAUUGGCUGCAAUGUUCGCCAGAUCUCAGUAUCAAUUCCCCUCCUCCCAUGUGUAAAUGCUUUGUCAUCAAAGAACACAGCUUCACUCUGCAUAUACUGUGUUAGACGGUGGGUGUUGUCUUUUUUCCUCUUCACUUUUUUUAAUGGAUAAAGAAAUCGUAUCAGCUUUUGUCCCUUUUUUGAGAUCAAUGAGUGGGAUUGGUGUUGGACGUGAGAGUGGGCAAACAAUGAAAGAAAGGAAGUGUGAGAAGGACUGCUUGUUGAAACCUUUUUUAAGAGAAAAAAGCCUGCGAGCAUUGAAGAACCUGUGGCUCUGUGCGAGUGUGAGAGGAAGAGUGUGUCCCUACUGACCAUCACAAGGACAUUUACUGUUGUCUCUAGAUCCCUAUGUUCUCUGCUUCCUCUCAUUGUUUUCUAUCAGUUUUAUAUUUAAAAAACAAGGUGAAUAGACCAGUGCUAAGAGUAUUUGUAUUCUUUCAUAACUUUUUCUUGCUGUCUAAUUUGAUGUGAAUGCCGUGUCUGGUUGUGUGCUUUUUUUUUUUUUUCUCCUUGUUAUCACCCUCUCUGUGUGAAAAUGUGACUUUGUGACUCUGUGAAGUCUGUGUGGGGAGGGGGGCAAACACUGAAAGUGUGUUGACGUUUGCAAGCGAGCUUUGAGGUUGAUGUGGUGAGUGUUUGACAUGUACUCAUUGGAAGUUUGUGUUUGAAGUGGUUACGAAUGCAUUUUCUAUGUUUUGUGAAUCUAAGGGAAGUCUGAAUAAAACUGAAUUUGACUAGGUAUAACACACUCUUGACAGUGACUUUUUUUUAACUUUACAUUAAUUGAACUGCCAACACUUUAAUUCACAUGUAUAGGGACUUCGGACAUGGACAGCCAGGGUUUACGUCUGAAUCCAGGUGGGAGUCGGUUGUGGACGAGCUGAAGACAUUAUUUGAUGGGCCGACACAAACAACUUUGGAAUGCUGCACGUCUGCCUUACUCCUGAAAAGAUUUAUGUACGCCAUCAGUAGCAAGAACAUUGGGACCAUCCUGUUAUGAAAUUUAUAGUGGACCAUACUCAUUGGGUAGAGGUACUUUAUCCUGCAAAUGUCACAUCAAAAGGGCCAGUAUCUCACCUGCAGUUUGACAUUGAUCUUGUUUUUCCAAACUUGUGAAACCCAAAGCCUGCCUUAAAUCUGAAACAUCAAUUCUGUCAUCAAAUGCUUUAUUCUUUAUCUUCAACACAGUCACUGAAAACAUAUGGAAGUAUUAAACAAGUUUUUUUUUUAUGUGAUAAGCAUUUAAAAAAGGCAGCAUGCGUUCUUGUUGUAUUGUUUACUUUGAUUGUAAAAUGAUUUGAAUGUAUGAGUUAAGUGACAUCCAAAGGGACUUAAGGAACAGACUGAAAAUGCCAGCAAGAAUUAACACUUUUCUGUAUUGAACUAUUUUAGUAUUGCGGUGUAAAAUAAAGGUUUUGAGUUUUU